AUGAAGGUGCUUGUACUAGGGCUGACUUCAGCUCAUCACAGAGCGUCUGGGUUUAUCGGCCUCCCUAUCUCUCAGGCGCUAGUGCGCGCUGGCCACGUCGUCUACGGCGUGACGCGCUCAGAGAAGAACGCCAAGAAACUGGCCGAAGAGGAGAUCCUCCCCGUCGUCGCCGACUACGGCCAGCCGGAACUCUGGCUGAAAGAGAUCGCCACGUUGGAUGUCAUCAUCGACGCCGUCGGCGGCUCCUCCAUCGCUACGUUGUCUGAGACCAUCCGCGCCGCCGUCGCGUCUGCCGCCGAGGCGCUGCGAUCCCCGCUCGCAGGCCGGCUUGCGUACAUCUACACGUCCGGCACCUGGGUGCACGGCGACAACCGCACGGAGACGGUCUCGGACGCGACGGCGUGCACGCGGCCCGCGUCGCUCGUCGCAUGGCGCGUGCAGCAGGAGCAGCGCGUGCUCGCCGAGCGCGCCUUCGACGGGAUCGUUAUCCGUCCCGGGCUGGUGUACGGCCGCUCUGGGUCGAUCACGGGCAUGCUGUUCGCCAACGCGGCCAAGGGCGAGGUGAAGUGGUUCGGCACCCCGGGCGGACGAUACGCCGUCGUGCACGUGGAUGACCUCGCGGAGUUGUACGUGCUCGCGGCGGAGAAGGCGGGCGUCGUCGCGGGCAAGGCAAUCGACGCCGUGAACGAACAGAGCGAGUCGGUGGACGACCUGCUCUACAACCUCGUGCGCGUCGCGGGCGCGAAGGGGUCGUACGAGUAUAUCAAGCCGUCGAACGCAUUCGAGGAAGCUAUCGCAACCACCUCGCUCAUCCGCCCUUAUCUUGCACGAAGUUUGCUCGAAUGGCGACAGAGGAAGGCUGGACUGGUAGAUGGGCUCCCGAUAUACUACCGUUCAUGGCAAACCUCCUAUGCCAGCGCUUAGCGCUUGGCAUAUACAAAUUCCGGUGUUCACAUGCUGGUGGUAUCAUCGUCGAAUCCCACCCCCGUGGAAAUAGAUUCCGCCUGUAUCGUAAU